UUAGCAGUUAAUAAAUAUCGAGAAACGUAUCAUCAUCAAAAGAAAAAUGCAAUGAUAAGGUUUAAAAUGGCGAUGGUAAAUUUGAAAAUGAAGGCAAUAAUAGGUUUUAACUCUCCCCAGAGGAGGCAGAUGAUUCAUUAGGACGUUCAUUUUAGUGUGUAUACUUGCCUGUUGUGUAAUAAAGUUGAAUGGUAUGAACUUAGUUCAUAUGUGAAUGCCUCCAUCUUUACCAUUUUAGGCAUCGACUAGCUCAUUUGGCAAACAAGUACAUUUCGGAAGAAGCUAGGUCGGUCCAAGUAUGUCAAAUUUUCUCAAUGGCCCAGAACACAACUCAACGAAUUCCUCUGGUCUCUUUGUGGCGUCCCUUUGUGACUAAUUUAGCACUUACGCUCUCUCUAUUUAAAGGCUCUCCUCCCCAAGAGUCUCUUUUCACUUUUCCAGUCUCUCCACACCUUUGCAGUCUUUCUACAACUUUCCAAUUUUAUAUACUCAUCAUCAAUAUGUUCUCCAAAGCUGUCAUUAUUGCCAUUGUUAUGGGGUUGGGCGCCUCCGCGGCUCCAACCUCGGUUACAGAGUCUACUGCUGGGAGUCUUGUCGGACGAGAUGUCCCUUACCAAAUGUUCACCGGCGAUGGAUCUCACUGGCCUGAUAUGGGUGCCUGGACCAAUUUCGAUACCAUGUAUGUCUCUUUCUUUUAUCAAAGAAAAUAAUCUAUCCCAUACUAACACAAUUUCCAGGUGGGCCAACUCGCAAGCAGUCAUGACUACUUCUUGCACACAAUUUGGCGCAGCCAACAACUCCCCUGCCGAGAUUGCUGAUAUCAAAUAUACCAUCAGCUCUACCUCUGCUUAUUCGGGCAUUGACCCCCGCUUCAUCCUUGCAAUCGUCAUGCAAGAAUCCGGCGGCUGCGUUCGUGCUCCCACUACGUUCGGGGAAAACUCGAACCCGGGAAUCAUGCAAGGCCACAACGGCUACCACAGCUGCAACCGAGACGGCACGAUAAUGAACCCAUGCCCAGCCUAUAUGAUCGCCGGCAUGAUUAGAGAUGGAAGCACCGGAACCUUGGGACAGCCCGGCGGCGGUGAUGGACUGCAACAAUGUUUGGCACAGAGCGGUUCUCCAUACACUGCUCGAGGCGCCUAUACCGCGGCUAGAAUCUACAAUUCUGGCUCUCAUGCUUGGGGAACCGAUCUUGGAGAGCCAUCUUGGGGUACUAGCUGUUAUGCUAGCGAUGUUGCCAACAGACUUUUGGGAUGGGCUGGUCCGGCCACUCCUUGCACCUUGUCCAACCCAAUCCACUGAGAGCUUGAUACUUUGUACUAGGUGAUUAUGACAUUACUAUAUUAUUAGAUUUGUUAUACUGCCUGGUACUAUAGCUCAGUCUUCGGAUUUCUUCCUCUUUUAGCGGGGGUUUUUUUUUCAUAUAUAUUUCAUUUUGGGUUGCUUUUACUUGUUUUUAAUUUUACAUCGGGAAUAGAUUCUAUUAGAUUUUCUUGCUUUUGGUAUUACAUUCCCAGAAUGGGAAUGCAAUGGAGGGGAAAAGUUGAUUAGAGGCAUGUAUACAUGUAUCAUAGACAUCUUCUGCGAGAAUC